AAUGAAGAGGAGGAGCUGAUGAUGUUUAAAGGAGGAGCUGUAACUAUAUAUAAUGAAGAGGAAGACGGACAGAAACAGAAAUGGCUGAUAAGUGUGAUCUGUGUCUGCUGGGACUGAUCGUUCUCUCUUCACUUCUCACAGGAACCAGUGGAGUGGAUGAUGCUCAUGUGUUCAUCAGUUCUGGUGUAAAUGUCUCUCUGUCCUGUAAUAAUGAUCUUUCUGACUGCAAAUCAACAUCAUGGACCUACAGCAGAUAUUCAUCAGUUAAACUGAUUGAUCGAGGAAUAAAGAAUAAAGACACAGAGAGACAUGAGAGACUGAGUCUGGAGUCUGACUGCUCUCUGAACAUCAAGAACGUCACAGAAGAAGAUUAUGGAUAUUACAGCUGCAGUCAAUAUGUGAAUGGAGCACAACAAGGACCUGGUGCUUAUGUUUAUCUGCAUGUUCUUCAUGUGUCUUCAUCUUCAUCAUCAUCAUCUUCAUCAUCAUCAUCAUCAUCAUCAUCCUCACAGACUGAGAUCAGUCCAGGCCGCUCUGUGACUCUCUCCUGUCAGUUGUAUUCAUAUAUUCCCUGUGAUUGCAUGUCCCCCUGUGAUUAUUUGUUUAGUUCCGAGGGACUUGAGCUUUUGUGGGUGAAUCAGACUGGUGUUGAUCUGAAGACAGACUCCAGAUAUCAGAUAUUAUCAUCAUCAUAUCACUGUAUGAUCACUCUGACUACAACACUCCUGAAUGAAGAUGCCAACAGAGAGUGGAGAUGUCAGCUUACUCGCAGAGAUCAACUCAAGACCUCAGUCACAUACACUGUCAAGUAUUCAGAUCCAGCUGAUCCAGCAUCAGAAACUGCUGGAUUAUUAUACAGAGUGAUUGUGAGUAUUGUUGAGAUCGCAGUGUUUGCUGCUCCUACUGUGAUUCUUCUUCAGAUCAUCUGUGCAAGAAGAGCUGGGAGGAAGGACUCGAAGCGCCCGGAGGAAAUAGAGAUGCCCACAAUAUUACAAUAAAACACGGAUGAGUUCAGAAUCUGCAGCAAUAUUUACAAUAGCAGAAAC